AUGCCAUCCAAUCAUGAUGUCAAUAUAAAGAAUUCAGAUGGAACUCUCAAUAUACCUAAAUGGAUAAAUGAGGAUUAUUUUAAGGGUAUAGUGGCUAAAGAUGAGCCAGAUUCGUUAGCAAUAAGGAAACUAAUACCCACACCUGCCAUACCGCCGGGAGAGAAUUUCACAUCGAUUAUGUUACGCAUACAAAUGGAUAUAGAGAUGAAAGAUGGCUCCCUUAAACAUAAAUCGUACAUCAUGAAAACCAUGAUGGCAGAUGAUAAAGGCGGUGCUAUUUUCAACAAUUUAGCACAUUUUCCCAAAGAAAUGAAAAUGUACAACACCAUAUUGCCAGCUUUUGAAAAUCUCUAUAUGUCGGAGGGAUGGCAUAUACAAUUGGCCCCAAAAUGUCUAUUGGCAGAGAAAAGGGAUGGGCGCAUAACUUUUGUCUUUGAGGAUCUAUCGCAAAGAAACUUUAAAAACAUAAAUCGCCAAAAGGGUUGCGAUAUGAAUCAUAUGCUGAGUGUUAUGAGAAAAUUGGCUGAAUUUCAUGCGGCCAGUAUUGUCUAUGAACAACAACAUGGUUCUUAUGACGAAGAUUUUCAAUAUGGAAUGUUGGACAUACGUCGCGGUGCAGGACAUGUGAAAACAGCCUAUGAAACAAUCGGAAGAAAUUUCAAACAAGUCAUGGGUGAAUGGAAUAUGGACCAGGGGGAAGAAUGCAAAAAGAAGUUUCCCUCUUAUGAGCAAUACUGGAAAUGUGCUUUGGCUUCUUUGCAACCAUCCUCCAACUCGUUUAAUGUCCUGUGCCAUGGCGAUUUUUGGUCUAGCAACAUUAUGUUUUCAUAUUUUCCCAAUGGUGAAAUCGAUAAAUCUCUUCUGCUGGAUUUUCAAGUCUGCAAAUGGGCUAGUCCUGCAAUGGAUCUAUUAUUCUUUCUAACCAUUUCUGCGGGCAAGGAGGUACGAGUUAAGGAAUUUGAUAAUUUUGUAAGCAUUUAUUAUGCACGACUGGUGGAAUGCUUGAAGCUAUUGCGUUAUGGCAAGCGGUUGCCAACUUUAAGAGCCUUGCGUCAGGAUAUAUACGACAAGAAGAAUACAUUUUAUGCUUUCUUUGCUUGCAUGAGUCAUCUACCCCUGCUCAUGCUACCCCCAACUGAGGAUUGUAAUUUAAAAAAUUAUACCAGACUCGAUGAAGAAGGUGAACAAUAUCGCCUAAAGGCUCUUAGGAAUCCUUUGUUUGUAGAGGUUAUACGAGAUAUGUAUCCUUACUAUUAUCGCCAAGGUUUAUUCAACUUUGAGGACUAUGAUUGAGGUCAUUUUGGAGUUACAAAAGUUUUUAAUAAAAAAAUAA